UCGGGGAAGGGAGGGGGUCCCCUUCCUCUUCACUCAAGAGUUUUAUUUUCUUUCCUCUUGGUACUGGCUAGAGAGGAAAUCUAACAAAAGGUUUGGUCUUUCUGGGCAAUAAUCCAGGUGAGCGAGGGCUUUGCUUAGGUUCGUUUUGGUAGCAAUUGCUUGGGGUGACAAUGGAAAUCAAAACGGAGACUGUUCCAUCUUCUUCAGGAUAUGACAAUGAUCCUGGCAGCCACCUUAGAAAUCCCAAGGGUCGCCACAAUGCCAUGUCCGCCAGAGUAACUGGCUGCUUGAUCUUAUGUGGAGGUGUAUUCUGUAUCGUCUUAGCCAUUGCUCAGAUUGUCUUGGAGACUGGGAUAGGAAGAUAUGGAGCAGGGAUAUGGUGCUCUGUUCUGAUUUUCAUUCCAUGUGGAACUAUUGGGGUAAUGAGCAGCUACAAGAAAGACAUUAAUCUAAUUAUUACUUAUCUUGUUCUGAGUAUCUUAACAGCAGCUGGAUCCGGUGCGUUGAUGAUCGUGAGUGCUAUCAGCGCUUCAGCGACAGGAAAGUGCUACGAAAAUGACUGGCAAUACGACUGCUGUAGCAAGACUGCUUGGAUCAGUCGUAUCGCUUGUGACUCUGUAUUAUCCGUUGUUUGUCUGGUGGAAUUGAUCUUUGCCAUAGUGGCUUCAUCCUACUGCUGCUCAGGACUGUGCUGCGCAUGCUGCGGAGCAGACAUCAAAAACAUGCAAGACAUGCAAGAGGUGAGAUAUUGAGGAUUCCAGUAAUGUCAAGAAACAAAGUUUGGUACAAGCCUAGGAAGGAGUUUGACAAGACCAUCGUGCAUGUAUUUUUCCCUUAGCUUUAUCAGUAUGAAAACAUUUAAAUGGCUUACACUGCAUGUUUCCUAUAGUAAAUGGCCUCUUUUAUCAUUUGUUUCAGCUAUCAUUCAAUGUUGACAGUUUGGAAGCCAAAUAAUGUGAUGAUAUGCUGGAAAAUUAUUCGACUUCAGAAUACUUGUCUUUGAGUUUGAAUCCCAAUGUAUACAAUUUGCAGAGCUUUGAUCGAUACAAAAACGUCAACUUUCACGAAAAUCAAGUUCGAAUAUUUAAAAGAUUUCAUCAAGAAGAGAUUAAAUCUUCAUUAUGACCAGGAUCUGUUAGAAUAAAUUUUGUGGUAUAAACAACCACAUACAUCGCAAAACAUUAUCUAGCAUGUCUAGUUAACAUGGUCAAUGCAAACUAUAUUUUCAGUCGAAUAAUCACUUACUUAUCGUUUAUACUAAUUUCUUGCAUGAUGUUGUUCACUGUAUAUACAUUUUCAUUUCAAAAGUAUUUACUAGUUGAAAAUUAUUCGAUUCGUAUAGUAUACUAGACAAAGCUUGGUAAGCUCUAUAUAGGGGUUAACGUCAAUACAUUGAUUCUAAUUUGUGAUGAAAUUGGAAAAGAACAAAUGGAUGUCCUCCCGAUGUAACAGUUAGUCUCAUUUCCACUGUAAAUAUAUGUUAAAUACAUUAUUUACCAUGGUAAUCAUAAAGCACUUAUUCAGUUUUCUACAAAUACUAUCCGGCAUUUCCGCAUACAUUCGUAAUUCCGAAGCUUCGUUAU